AUGAGGUUUAACUUAACAGAAGGGUUUAAUAAUAAUAGCACACAAGUGAUUGUUGUAGCCAAAGAUGGAACUGGUGAUUCGCUUACUGUUCAAGGUGCCGUGGACAUGAUUCCUCUUAAUAAUGAAAUAAGAGUGAAAAUUUUGAUUCAACCGGGUAUUUACAGGGAACAUGUAAAAGUUCCAAGAAGAAAGUCUUAUGUUUCAUUCAUAGGAAAGCAAAGCUCCCAAACAGUGAUUAUUGGGCAUGCUAAAGCAUUUGAUAAAGAUGCCAAUGGAAAAGAAAUCGGAACCUUUCGUUCAGCUACCGUCGAUGUGGAAUCUGAUUACUUCUGUGCUACAGAGAUCACUUUUGAGAAUACAGUAGAUGCACAGAGUGGGAUAUCUGGAGGACAAGCAGUUGCAUUAAAAAUUACUGGAGAUAAAUCCAUGUUCUAUAAAGUAAGGUUUAUUGGGUCACAGGAUACUCUCUUAGAUGAUUCAGGAACACAUUACUUCUAUCAAUGUUACAUUCAAGGAUUUAUGGACUUUAUAUUUGGAACUGCAAAGUCACUCUACCAGAAUUGCACCAUUAGCUCAACAGCUAUACACUCUGGAGCAAUUGCAGCUCAUCAUAGGGAUUCAGCAGAAGAUGAUUCUGGGUUUUCUUUUGUCAAUUGCACAGUGAAUGGGACUGGAAAUAGUGUUGAUCUAGGAAGAGCUUGGGGUAAAUAUGCAAGAACUGUGUAUUCCUACUGUGAUUUGGAUAUCAAUGUAUCUGGACAGCGAUGGAGUGAUUGGGGAGAUGAAUCAAGAAGAAGGACUGUGCAAUAUGGAGAGUAUGAAUCUAGUGGCAAAGGAGCAAAACAAAGGAGACAAAGGAAACAAAGGGCGCCAUGGAUCAAGCCAUUGAGUUAUCAAGAAGCAAUGCCUUUUUUGGAUAAGACUUUCAUAAAUGGUGAUGAAUGGUUAAGAGUUUAG